AUACGGAUGUACACAAAAGUUCCUCCCCGACUGCCACUGCCGAGGAAGAGCCAGAUGAACCUGAUGGCCCCCUUGUUGGCUCAGCCAGUGACCAAGAAAAGAAAGUAAGAUUAUCUCCAGCCAAAAUGUCAACCAAGAAUUCUACAGAUCUAGUUGAAUACGUUGACAAGGGUCAUUCUUUUCUUCCUGCCAUUCCAAACACCCAGAGAAGUCAGCUAGAAGACAGACUGAACAACCAGGGUCGCACCAUAGCUUUCCUCCUUGAACAAGCUUUCCACAUCAAGGAGGAUAUCUCUGCCUGUCUUCAGGGGACGCAUGGCUUUCAAAAGGAGGAGUCACUUGCCAGGAAGCUUCUGGAAAACCACAUCCAGACCAUCACCAGCAUCGUCAAAACACUCAGCCAGAACAUUGAGAUGUUGGAGGAACAAAUAAAAGCUCGAGACGUGGCAGCCACAGGAAUUAAUUUUGCAGUACAGGACCUAAACACCAAACACCUUCAAGGAGUUGGAGAUCUUCGAGGAAGAGUAGCCAGAUGUGAUUCCAGCAUCAUGAAGCUUUCUGGAGACAUUCACUUCAUCAGGCAUGAGCACCGGCGACUUGAGAAAACAAUUCAAGAGCUCAUGUCCGCCCUAGAAACUGUUUCUAAAAACUUGGAUAUGAAGGUAAUGCAGCUCUUAGGAAAGAUAGAGGCUUCCAGUUCUGAGCAAAUCUCAAAUUUAAAGAUGGUCCAGAGGGAUUAUCACCAAGAAAUGAACCUUUUGGAGUUCAAAUUUAACGCCCUUUCAACGAGCCUAUAUAAGGAAAUGGAGAACCAUCAAAAAUGGGCAGAAAACCAGUCCAUCAGAUGUGAACAAGACCACCUUGGCCACAUAAAUCAGUGUCUGAAGCUCCUGCAGGAGAAACUGGAUAUGUCUGAAAAAAAAAUGGAAGAAAAAUUACUGAAGCUUUCAAGCAAAUUAGAGAAUUUCAUUAACAGGCAGAAACAGGAAGCAGAUCUAAACAAAGUAAAGCAUAUAGAAAAUGAACUGUCCAAAAAGAUGAACCAACUGGAAAAGCACAUCUGGGGUGAAUUAGAGAAAAUGCAGAAUGAAUAUCAAUCAGGAUUUAAAUCGAUUCAUGACUCACUCAACUCCCUCCAACGAAUCCAGAAAACAAAGAUGGAUUUAGAGAAAUAUAAAGUACAGAAAGACCUAAAGAAAUUGCAGCGUAAGAUAGUGGAACUCCAGGAAGUAUAAACUUUCCAGUCAUCUUCCUUUACACCAGCCAGUGGAGUGGUUUGUUGGCAAAAGUUGGGAAGAAGAAAGCUAAUAUCUCUGGGAUGUUUACUGCUUCUAUUUCUUACCACCUUUUUAAGGAGAUGAAUGCACCAGGAAACCCAAUAAAGCAAAGAAGCUU